UCUCUGUAUACUCUACAUCCACAUGGUUAAUGGACAUGAAGUCGUCAACGAUGACAUGAUUACCUGAAGUUUGAAAAGUAUUGAUUUUCGUUCUAACAACUUGCUUCGUGUAUUCAAAGAGACACAUGUCGAGUAUCAUCUGUUCAUGGCUGAGGUUCGAUUAUUGACGUAAAUCUCUUUUUAAUCUUAUACAUCAUCCCUUUUUUCUCCGUCAAUCCAGUCUGAGUAUCGGUCAUACACGUCACCACGAAUCUUCUUUAUCACCACAAGGAUCGGAGUAAACCUUCACUCUAUACUUGUAAUAAGGGUUUUUGAUUUCAAGAGUUUUGGUGUUCUUCCCCUUUUUGUUGCGAAUUCAAUCAUACCCACAUCGGGAAACCACCGUAUUUUACCAGAAAACCAUCGAUGUCUUGAAAUCGAAACGAUUUUCCGGCGAAAUUAAGAUGGAUAAAGAACCACUUCUUCCGACAAAUACACCAAGAACACCAUCCCAACUUUGUUCUCUUCCUGAAGAUGAUGAAAUCUCUAUCCCUUUACCCUUAACUCCUUCAGAACUCAAAGAUAUGCUCAUUUUUGGUUCCCCAAAAGAACCAUCUUCAAGCAUUGUUGAUGCCUUAGCCCUAUCGUUGAAUACCCAGAAACCAUUUGCUUGCGAUUUGAAUUUAAAUUUGAACUCGAAUUCAAAUUCGAUUUCGAAUUCAAUCAUUUCUGACCCACAACAAGCUCCGUCACCUCAAUCGUGGUUAACGGAUCCCAAUUACUCAUUCGGGAAGACCAAUCUCCAUCGCUCGAAAACCGCCCCUGCCAUGGCUGCAAUCAACGAUUUCGAACACCAUUCCGAAUCCAAACCUCCAUCGUCAACCAUCGUUCGCCAAGCGGUAUUGCUAUUGAUUCUUUAUUUAUCACUUGGUGUACUUAUAUAUUGGUACAAUCAAGAACAUUUUGUUGCUUCUGAGACACAUGUGGUUGUUGAUGCUCUUUAUUUCUGCAUUGUGACAAUGUGCACAAUUGGGUAUGGAGAUAUAACUCCAAAUAGUGUUGUUACGAAGCUGUUUUCGAUCAUGUUUGUGUUAAUCGGUUUUGGGUUUAUUGAUAUCUUGCUUAGUGGGAUGGUUAGCUAUGUUCUUGAUUUGCAAGAAAAUCAUUUGUUACAAUCUUUAAAGGCUGGUCACGAGCAAGAUCAUCAUCAUCCUUCGUAUAUAAUUGAUGUCAAAAAGGGUAGGAUGAGGAUUCGAAUGAAGGUGGCAUUAGCAUUGGGGGUUGUGAUUCUUUGUAUAGGGAUCGGUGUUGCUGUGAUGCAUUUUGUGGAAAGGUUAGAUUGGGUUGAUUCAUUUUAUCUAUCGGUUAUGUCUGUUACUACUGUUGGGUAUGGGGAUAGGGCAUUUAGGUCAAUGGGCGGUCGGCUUUUUGCGUCAGUUUGGUUGCUUGUGUCAACGCUGGCCGUGGCUCGGGCGUUUCUUUACUUGGCAGAGGCUAGAAUCGAUAAACGGCAUAGGAAGAUGGCGAAACUGGUUCUUGAUCAAGGUUUGACUGUUUCUCAGUUUCUUGCAGCCGAUAUCGAUAACAAUGGCUAUGUGAGCAAAUCGGAGUUUGUGAUAUACAAGCUAAAGGAGAUGGGAAAGAUCUCGGAGAAAGACAUAUUACAGAUAUGCAAAAUAUUUGAUCGGUUGGACAGCGGAAACUGCGGCAAGAUCAUGCUGGCUGACCUUAUGCACACCCACCCUAACUAGAAACAAAAUCAGCCUUAUCACUUCAAAUUGGAGUCUGAUGUGCGGAGAAAUGUGAAAAUGCACAAGGCAAGGCCGCCCCCGAUCGGUGCAGCAGUUGGGGUUGGGAGAGCAUUGCAGCUGAUCGCAUGCGGUGAGCCGAGAGGAGGAUAUUUAUUUAUUGGUUUAAUUUUGUCCGUUUGGUUGUACAUUUCAAUAUCAUAGCAUGUUGGAGUAUCGACUCGCAUGCGUGCAUGUGCCUAGCUAGCGAUACAAAAAGACAGAGUACAUGUGUUUUUCAAAUGGUGUCCAUCUUUUGAAAGAAUAUGGGUGUUAUUUGUUAUAUUUUGAUAUAUUUCUAGUUUUCUAAAAA